AGGAGAAUCAUGACAUCACCAGGAGGAGGAGCAAAAGAGGACGAAAACAGCAUCCUUCACCAGAGAGAGGAGAGCUGCAGAGAAGGAAGAGGUGAAGGAGGAGACCGAUGUCUGAGAGAAGGACGGAGCGACGAGAGACACUGAGGCUGACAGAGAGAGAGAGAGAGGCAGGACGAGGCUUCAGCAUCUGUCCCUGAGGCCUGUGCGUGUGUGCGCGUGCACGUGUGUGCAGGAAAAGCACGGUGAAGGGUGGAGCCAUGAUGGGGAAAGAUUACAUGCUGGCCAUCAUCAUCGUGAACUACGAUGACAACAUCUGGACAGACCAGAACCUCCUGAUGGAUCCAGACCUUCCAUCUGGAUGGAGAACCAUCAAAGGGUCCACUGGCACUUAUUACUGGCAUGUUCCCACUGGCGCCACCCAAUGGCAGCACCCUUGUCUUACUGGAAUCCCUCAGGCACUGGAACCACCGCAGGAGGAGGCAGCCGAGCCAAGCUCCAAGGAGACAGAUGGACACACCGAGGAAAGUUUUUUUGUUUUCAGAUCUUUGUGGCAUGAAGACCAUCUCACUCCCCACGACCCUGACUCAAAGUACUUUGCUGUGCGCUCACUGGGCUGGCUGCAAGUGGAGGAGGAGGACCUGUCUCCUGGCCGCAGCAGCCUUGCUGUCAGUAAUGUCAUCCAGCAGCUGUCUCACUGCAGAGAGGGUCCAGAGCAGAGGGACAGGUUGGGGGCCUGGGGGGAGAACCGGGAGAUGAUGCUGGUUCUGAAGAAGGACACUUUGACCCUGUUAGACCCACUAGACCACACCCCACUGCACUGCCAACCAAUCAUCAACAUCCGUGUGUGGGGGGUGGGCUGCAACAACGGGAGGGACAGAGAUUUUGCAUUUGUGGCGGGCGAUAAGGACAGCUGCGUGCUGAAGUGUCAUGUGUUUCGUUGCGACGCUCCUGCCAAAGCUGUUGCCAUGGCGCUUCAUGAGAUGUGCUCGAAGUUGAUGGCAGAGAAGGCCGUGAUGAGCCCGUCACGCUCUCUGACCAUGGAGAGUAUUUCACCAGAGGACCUGCCCAGACAAGUGGAGGUUCUGGAGGCGGUCCGGCAUCAGGUUCAGAAGUUUGAGGUCCAAUACAUUGGGAACUUGCCAGUGUCCAGAGCCAUGGGUAUGGAGGUGCUGAACCGAGCCAUUGAGAGCAUCAUGACCUCCACAGACCACGAUGACUGGGAGCCUGCAGUGAUCCACGUCACAGACAGCGUGCUGUCCCUGUGGAGGAGGGGGGAGGACGAGCCUCUCUGGGAGUGUCAGGUGCGGUUCCUCACCUUUCUUGGCGUGGGUCAUGACAGCCACACCUUCGCAGUGAUCGCUGAUGGCGGCACGCAGCAGUUCGAGUGUCACGUGUUCUGGUGUGAGCCGGAUGCAGGAAUCAUCUCUGAGGCUGUGCAGGCUGCUUGCAUGGUCCAGUACCAGAAGUGCUUGGUGGCACAGACUCCUCCCCCCAGGACCAGGUCGUGGCACGUGACCCCGUCCAAAGUCAAGCGGGCCAACUCCAUGGAUGGCGCCGCCUUUCCCCCGCUCACGUCCCGCAGCAGCAGCAGUAGCCUCAUGACGACGAAGGGGAGCAUCAAUGUGAGGAAGGGGAUGAUGGCGUUCUUUGAAACUUUUCGCAGCAAACAGGCCGCCACCUCAUAGCUAAAGGGGCGGAGCCACCAGAGUCUGCAGGUGGUAUGUGAGCCGCAGAGGCCAUGGCAUCAUCACCAGACCGCCGUGUGGUUGGUUCCCAGCUUUGUUGGUUCGGCUUCACCUGGAACAUGAGGGACAGCGCCUCCUGCUUGGAUCGGACCAAACCAGACCUCCAGAAGCUCCUGAAGCAUCUUCCACAGCAGUGAACAGAGGCCAGAGCGCGCUCAAAAUGAUACAUGUGAAAGAAAAACCUCAUGGACUUCCUGUUUCAAAAUAAGAGCUUGCUUUCUGCCUUGAGUCCUAUUUUCCUGAAACCUCACCUAAGAAGAACCGUGGAGAUCACUGUCAGAGCGAUGUCAUGUGACCUACCGUGGCGAGCUCACCUCCCUGUGAGACAGAAACGUGUUCCUGAUUGUUGACAUCAGCAGCUUGGUUCUUGCCCUGUCCACGUCGAUGAUGCCUCAAACUGCCCCCUGAUUGGCUGAGGCUCAUGCAGGAAGCUGAUGCAUGAGAAAAAAUAGUAGGCUUGGUUUGUCAACAAUAAUAUUCUGAUCAGCAGUAAACAAAUGAUGUCAUGUAUAAAUAAACCCAAAUAAACAAAUGCCCUUACAGCU